UCUUAUAAGAUAACAAUCACCUGGCAUAAUGUUGUGGGAAAAACAUCGGAUUUACCUGGAAUCUUGUUCCUAAACAAUGUUUGACACAAAAACUUGUAAAAAACUUUCGAUAUUCAAACAAAACGAAGAAAUAAUGGAACGAAAAAUGCCGCUGGAUCGCAGAAAGUCAAGCUGCAUUAACCUGAGACUAAACUUGUCGCUUUUGUGUUUCAUGAUUUUAUUUUCGACUUCAUAUUCAAGUUCUACCCCGUCUACUAUUGUAUCGUGUCCAUCUCCAUGCACUUGCUCGUAUAAGGAACGACUCGUUAAUUGCAGCAACAGAAGUUUAAGGAAGAUACCAUUAAUACCACCGUGGGUGUCUAUAUUAUCUUUAAGAAACAACAAGAUAGAGGCAACUGCAGUGAAACAACACACGUUUAUGAAUUUACCAAACCUACUAGAACUGGAUCUGAGCGACAACGAGCUUCGAACGCUAAGCGUAUCUUUCAGCGGAAGUCCUUUGUUACGUACAUUACGUUUAGACACUUGUUCAUUGGUUGCCAUCCCUACGAUAGAAGCGACGGGCCGGCCCAACAUAACUACACUGGCAUUGUCACAUAAUAUCAUCACGACGAUUGAUGGCUUAACUGAAUGGCCAUCCUUGCGUGUAUUGGAUCUUAGUUUCAACACAAUACGUGGAAUACGAAGCAAUACUUUCAUAAACCAACGAAAUCUUACAGAAUUGUACCUGCAUAAGAACAACAUCACAACGGUAAACGAGCAUGCGUUCGCUGGGUUGGUGUCGCUUGAAACUUUAUCUUUGGGUCGAAACCGGAUUGGAAACGGCCGGAAUGGACUCAAAUAUUUCGCACCAUCUGAAGUGCUUGCUUCGAAUGCCGAAUGCAUUGGAAACCUCAGCAAACUAAGAUUCUUGGAUUUAAGCCGCAAUCGAAUCAACCACAUUAAAGGCCUCGCAUUCAACGGAAUGUGUCAACUACGUACCUUAUUAUUGCAUGGGAACCGAAUCUCCAACCUUAAGGACGCUUCCUUCUACAGUUUAAAGGCGCUAACAACGCUGCGUAUGGACGACAACAGAAUACGAUCCGUUGAUAUGGGUUGGCUGUAUGAUCUCAAAUCACUUGAAAAACUGUCAUUGUCUCGUAACAAAGUCAAUUCAAUUAGUUCUGGAGCUUGGAAACUAUGCAAAGAAAUUCGACAUUUGAAUUUGAGCCACAACGACCUGACAACAAUAAUCAGCAAACAGUUUGAGUCGCUUACCGUCAUGCAAACCUUGGAUUUGAGUAGGAACGCAAUAGUUGCGAUGGAGAAGGAGGCUUUCUAUGGGUUAAGGAAACUCAAGAAACUUGUGUUGUCCCGCAACCUGAUAUCGAGCAGUGUUGAAGACUUGGGUGGAAUAUUUCGUGGUUUGGAUUCGAUUGAAACUUUGUUGAUGAACAACAACCGGAUCCGGUCCUUGUCCCCCGAUACUUUUGUCGGCGCCGAUAAACUUGUUUACCUUGACUUGAGGAACAAUAAUAUUACUUCGGUGCAAAAUAAAACUUUCCAAACCAUGAAAAACCUGAAAAGGCUAAGAAUCAACAGUGCUGCCUUCUUAUGCGAUUGUCAACUUGCUUGGUUCUCCCAAUGGUUAAGAGAUUCGAAUAUAAACACGAGGUCUGAGGGCAACUGUAGAUGUUUCCACCCACCAAAGUUAAAAGGAAGAAGGGUCGUCAAUAUCGGGUCCAAUGAAUUUGAAUGCGGGGAACACCCCAUACCAACACUCCUCCAGCAGCCCAGUAAACUAACAGCUUACAAAGGGGAGAAUGUGACAUUGGAAUGCAGUGCAAGUGCCACACUCACCAAGAAUGUAUCGAACGUUAAAUCAAGUGCUUUGAUGUCUGUUGUGUGGAGAAGGGGGAGGUCUAAAACUGUUAUCCAGGAAUCCCAAAAGAUUCGAAUCAGAAAACCUCAACGUAUUGAAGGCGGCCACAUAUUUUUCACAAGCUUUCUUAUCCUUUAUGAUGUCACAUAUGAUAGUGAUGAUGAUUACAGCUGCGUUAUAAGCAAUGAGUUCGGGCACGCCAAGUCCACCCCUGCUGCUCAUCUUAGUGUAUACGUUUACCCAACAAUUACUAAACAACCUGAAGAUAGAACGGUUAAAUCUGGUUCGGAAGUUAUCUUUCAAUGCCAGGCAUCGGGACAUCCUAUACCUGAUAUCUCGUGGCAGAAGGAUGGAGGUAGUUCCUUCCCUGCAGCGCACGAGCGUAGAUUGGUACGGACGCAAAGUAAAGAUGUAAGCGAACCUGGUAUUGCUCUAACUGUGGACGAUGGUGAUGUCAUGGAUGAUGAUGUCAUCAGGUUGAGUGAUGUCAUCAGUAGCGAUGUCAUACCUCGCAAGCGUAAGAAGAAGUUGGAAUUAACUGAAGACGCCCCGCUACAUAUAAGUGAAGUACAACCUAAGGACGCAGGGGUUUAUACAUGUACGGCUAAGAGUGUGGCUGGUGUACAAAGUGUGUCGGCUACACUAACUGUGCUGUAUCCACCUAUAGUGGAAAAGAUGCCUGACAAGAUAGAAGCAGUGAAAGGUGGAAAUGCUGUGUUGAAAUGCAUGUCCAGUGCUAACCCGGCACCCCAAGUUACAUGGUUGUUAAAUGGAGGUGUAUUGAAUGGGACCACGCGCCAUUUCUUUGCAGCUGGUGACCAACUGCUUGUUAUUGUCAACUUCUCAUCAUUAGACCAGGGAGAAUAUGCUUGCUCUGUUACUAACUUGUUGGGUACAAGAAGGUCAUCAAGUAGAGUCGUGCUUGUGGAACAUCUUAAAGAAGACACCAAACGUCUUGGUUUAUGGGACGAGUUCUUUGGUGGUAACGGUAUCGUUAUAUUGGCCGUGUUCAUAUGUGUGUUGGCCACAUCACUUGUAUGGUUGAUAGUGCUGUGUUAUACAAAGAGGAAUCAUGAAGGGGCUCCAAGUACUAAUACAGAGAGCACCGACUUCCAACCGGUUGAUUCGUCAUCGCAUGGUUCAUUGGAUAAAACUAUGAUGUCACUUCCUGUCAACCAUCAUAUGCAUUCCAGAACAGACAUACUUCCCACCUCACACCAACGUCACAAUUUCCCUUCAUUAUCGCGAAGCUACGUCGACCCGGGUAUUCCCCGCCACGUCACGAAACAUAGAUGCGACAAACACCGGACAUUACAACAACACCCUGUGCGUGCAGUGUCGGCUUCCCAUGUACACAACAUACGUGUGGAACAUACACAACCACAACAUUAUAGCUCGCAAUGCUUAUCCAGUCCCUCAUGCCAGGGCAGUGCGAGGUGUUUGAACAAUAGACCGCAGAACCCAGCCAAGCGCCGACCGUUACGCAGACGGCCACAAAUGGACACGGACCGUGAAGGCCCAUUUUCCAGCGACUCUGAGCCGGGCUCUGUGCUUACUGCUGUUGCUAGGCAACCAGUGGUCGUGUCGUCGGCUCGCGUGGUCGAAACGUCAUCGUUGAAACGGGAAAUCCUCGAAGCCGAGCCUUUACUCCACCCGCCACCUGUGUCUUCAAUUUCACAAUUCACAUCCAAGGACUAACAGUGGAUACAAACGUUAACGCUACACUGUCAAUCAAGUUUGUAAUCUAUGCUGGGCGUAGAUACAACAAUCAAUGGGCACAUAUUUUUGAAAAAAAUCAUUGAGCACGUCUGUUUAUUUAAAAAUCAUUGGGCACAUAUUUAAACUUAUUUUAUCAGCUGAUGCAUAUUUGCAGCCUAGGUCCAUGUAUUAUUGCUUGUGUAGCGUUAGCUUUAAACUGUGAAGAUAUUUUCUAUGUUUCACCAUACACCAAGUCGACGUCACAAUGCGCAUUAUGCGCUGUACUUCAAGCUAUGAGAUUUUGAAUGUGAUUUUCCCAACAUUGCAUUUUUCAAGUGAGCGUAUUUUUAUGAGAUCGUCGAUAUUAUUGCUGCGUCAUGUUAUGUAACAAUGUCCAUUAUGUGUCACAACUUUUAAAUAACACAAUCCAAGUUGAA